AUGACGAAGUGGGCAGGUCUCUUGCAUGAGCAAGUUUGUACAGCUCCUCCUCUCACAUCCUCUCUCCUUUCUCUCAACGUCUUAGCUUAGCAUUGGCUUCAAAGUUAGAGAAGGGAGCAGGACCAAAACUUUCCAGGAAUUCACACUGCAAUGGCAACCCCCAACAGCGAUCCGUGCUGCAGCCCCGGUGGCCCCAGGAGCAGCUGUGGGCUUAGAAACCAAGAUGGCAGAGAUUCACAGCUGAGACUUGUCUUAGUGGGUAAGACUGGAGCAGGGAAAAGUGCCACAGGCAACAGCAUCCUUGGAGAGAAAGCGUUUCGUUCCAGCAUUGCGGCAAUAUCAGUCACCAAGACCUGUAAGAAAGGGAGCAGCAGGUGGCAGGGAAGAGAAAUUGUGGUUGUGGACACACCUGGCAUUUUCGACACCGAGGUACAGGAUGCUGACACCUGCAAGGAGAUUGCUCACUGCAUCUUCCUGACCUCCCCAGGGCCUCAUGCUCUGCUCCUGGUGGUCCCGCUGGGCCGGUACACAAAGGAAGAGCGAAAAGCCACGGAGAAGAUCCUGCAAAUGUUUGGACUCAGAGCUAGGAGAUACAUGAUUCUCUUAUUCACCCGGAAAGAUGACUUGGAUGGCAUAAAUUUCCAUGAUUACUUACAGAAAGAACCCAAAGAUAUCCAAGAGUUGGUGGGCAAGUUUGGUGAUCGCUACUGCCUGUUCAACAAUCAGGCGACAGGAGCUGAGCAGGAGGCCCAGAGAAAUCAGCUGCUCACCUUGGUCCAGCGCAUUGUGGCUGAGAAUGAAGGAAGAUGCUACACUAACAAGAUGUACCAAGAGGCUGACAACGAGAUUCAGAAACAAAUGCAAGAAAUGCAAGAAUUUUACGCAGCAGAGCUAGAGAGAGAGAGAGUGCAGAUAAGAAAGGAGUUUGAAGACAAAAUCAGAAAGCUGGAGGAUAAACUGGAGCAGCAGAGACAAAUGGAACAAAUGGAGAGGGAAUUGGCUGAGAAAGACGCAUUAUAUGUUGAAAGGCUGCAAAAACACAGAGAUGAGAAUCAGUAUAAGAUAGUUGACUUGAUCAUGAAAGCUCUACAGAUGGUUUUUCCUAUCUUCUCUCACCUGUUUAUGGAAGAUUAACCUGAAUGAGAAGAUCUCCUUAUUUGCUACACAUUUUCCGCUGGCCCUGCCAAGCCCCCACCCCAGAACUCAUUCACCAACCUUGAAGCACUCUUGAUUCUGUCUCUCAAACUCUCAGGACGAAGGGGUAUAAUCAGAUUCACUGGUGGUGAUUGGUAGAAAAUUUAUCUGAGGAUCAACAUAACAAUCUGCAUAACCUGAGCCAGAGAACUUGGCAGGUACACAACACGAGAGGUGAUGUUUGAUUGACUUACCAGGGGAGGGACGCAUUCUCAAUUUGUGGAACUCCAGAGUAGAAGGUAUUGAUGCUCUUCUAAGAAGAUGACCCCAAAAUUUCUCUAUUUGUCCCAAGUGAAAUCUAGAUUCCUUCUAGAUUGGUGGAUCCUCUCCCUUUGUUGCUUCUACUCACUUAUUUUUGCUUUUAGGACCCAGCAAUCACCUUACCCAUAUGGUUUGUUACAAAGAUUGGUUCUUCGUGUUAGGUAGUCUAUUGAUGGAGAUGCUUAUAGAAUUCUUUCCAGAUGAAUGGAAAUUUAUUUAGUUACAUUUUUACAGAGGGACUCAAGUUGUUCCUUAUCAGCUGCCCACUGAAGAACAAAGAGUUGUCUGGAAAAUAGACCUCUCACAACUCAACUAAGUGAAAUGCCAGAAAGAGCAGUUGAAAGACGGAGAUUCAACACAGAAGACAACAACGGUUUGCUGUAUUCAGAUAUAUCUACAGCAACUCUUUGACAGACUUCAAUGCAACAUAUUUGCUGAAUAACCAGUUCUCUCCUUUUCAUGUGAAACUAACUGUUGCCACUUCACCUCCACCACCUCAGACCUUCAUAACUUACUGCACAUACCACCCUCUCCCAGCUGAACUGCUUGCUAGUUGGUAUUAUAAUAAAAGUUUUCUGUUCUGUCAUAUUUCUAUAAA